CGCGCUGCGGCUCGGCUCGUGGACCGUGGUGGUUUGUCAGUCAUUCGUUGUGGCUGAUUGUGGCCAUUUGCCGAUUUGCCUUUUCUCGUGCGCACGUAGCGCCGCGGUAAUAAUAAUAAUACCAGAGGGAUAAUACUUAAGUAAUCGGGCGGAUUGUUGAUCGUCGUCGAUCGUCAUGGAACAAGAUCUACAUUUUUCACACGAGGUUUAUAAAAACGAUCCCUUGUUAUUCAAGAGUUACAUCGGAAUGGAAGUGGACAUUUUAACCGUGGAUGGCGACACGAUAUCUGGUAUUGCAUACACCGUCGAUCCGGUAUCGAAAAGUGUGGUGGUGGUAUCAUUGCCAGAAGGCCGUCAACGAACCGGCUUGAAAAUAGUAUUUGGUCAUACGAUAAAAAGUAUAUCGAUUUGCUCGAACGAACCGUGUCGUCGCCGUCAGAUUCCAGAAUUAUUUACGAACGCGCCAAAAGAUAUCGUUCGAACUAUGUUGGAAACGAGGAAAGCAGCUGCGAUCGGAAUACUCGUAGAAAAUAGAUUUCCAGUAAAAGAGCAGAAUGAUAUUUUAACGAUCGAGGAUGUACUUUCGAUAAAACCACCUUACGAACCUACCGAUUGCAUUUCCGCCAACAGCAUCAUUUUAAGUAGAAUUCAAAACAUCCUUUCGCGCAUACCUACAAACUCGACAGUUUAAUAGUCAUCCCUCGCGUCACGUACCUUUAAUCGUAACCGUUACGCCUUACGUGUGCGUGCUUACUUGCGUGCGUGCGUACACACACACACACGCGCGCGCGCCAGUAGUCAUAAAGAAUACACAGGCUUGUCUAUUCUCUUGAAAAGGUCAUCACCUUAUCUCUUUUAAUACAAGUCAUAUUCAUUCGUUUACCAUAAAAUAUUCUUUUAUUUCGCGCAUGUGUCAUAUAAUUCUUUUUCAAUUAGUGAAUGCGUGAUACGUCGUUGAAAAUAUACAUCGAAAUAACAAUUUUUUGUAAUAACAAUAUAAUGAAAUAAAAAUACGCGCACGGCGCUUCUUCCCAACA